CCCUGGUACCAUCCUCUCUUUCCUCCCAACGAAUUCCGUCCUUCUGCCUUCGAGAAGCAAGUCACCAAGGGAUAUUACGGCGCCGGUGCACCCCCGUGCUCCGCACACGGAUGCGCCUGUCCGUAACUACACCGUCCAUGGCCGCUCAGCCUCAUUCAACUACAACCCGGCCGGCCUUCCCAGCAGCGACCGCAUUGCAUCGCGCUUCUGGUACCAUCCUGCUCCUCGCCACGACUGAGGACAAGGCCUCCGUGAACAUGCUCCAAGCUCUCCUUGCCAGAGGAGGCUGGGAAGAGACCACACCCGUGGACGCAUCUUCCCGCGUGUGGCACCGUCCGGACGGGCCCCAAAAUGUCUUUAUGUGGCAAAUAACGCAAGGUUUCUUGCGGGCGGACUGGCUGGAUAAGGCUUGGCUCACCGCCCACCCCUCACAGCGGAUCCAAGAAAUGAUAUUUCUGAGCCGGCACGCCGCCGCCAGUGGACGGCCCUCGCUCACUAUCCAUCCCAUAGGAAAUCCUGGCCAGCCCUUUGCGCCACAGGAAGGAGCUCGGGGAGCGCAUGGCGGCAUCCCUGGACGGUGUGUCCCUCCUUCUCCACGCAUGGCCCCGCUUUUUAGACAGUUGCAUAGGGCCGUUCAAGACGCAGGACUGGCGGGAACUUUUGAAGUGACGUUGGAGGCCACCCAUCACGGGCCAUGGCAUAUGCAUCCAACAAUGUUUGUGGAAAUUGGUUCUAAGGAGGAAGAUUGGGGCCGGGAGGAUGCUGCACAUGUGUGGGCGGAUGUUCUCGAUAAGAAUUUGGGCUUGAGUGCGACUGAAGCGAAUGGAGUGAGAAUCCCUGCUGUGGAGGAGUCCAAGCUAGUGAUAGUCGGCGCGGGGGGGGGGCAUU